AUGUUUUCUGUCAGAGUCGUGCCAGCCCUCGCACAGGAGGGGGCGUAUAUUCCCUUUAAACAGUUUCCCUCCAGCUGAAGACUCCAGUCCAUCCUCACCUCCACAUCGGCGACCGGGGCAGAGCAGCGGGGCGAUGUUAAAGGCUGCUUUGGAGCGGAACAUGGCCCGGAGCGAGUGGAGUGUCCCGGACAGCGGAGAGAAGGGAGCCGCGGUACCCCCACCUCUACUGUUAAUGAGAUCUCUGUAGACUUCGACCAGACAUGGGAGGCUCACAAGAGCAAAAACACAUUAGAGCUACUGAGAAGUUUUGGUGUUUUCAAACUUCUCUUGUAUGACCUGCUGGUUGAUACAAAUAAAGAGAUUAUGGAUCUAGGGCAGAGGAUCCUCGGCCAGAGAGCUUUCGACAAGCUGAUGAAGAUGACAUUUUACGGCCACUUCGUAGCUGGUGAGGACCACAUGGCCAUCAGAUCGCUGAUCCAGAAGAAUCAGGCCUUUGGCGUUGGCUCUGUCCUAAACUACAUUGUGGCGGAAGAGAUCAGCCAGAUGGAAGCCAGGCAGGAAGAAACAGACUCAUUAGCAUGUGCUGCAGAGGAGCAGAACAUAGGCAAGAACCACGGAGAGAAAAAUUACAAAGCUCACACACAGUUCAGGGAGCAUUGCAGGGGUGAGACUGGAACCCGACGGAGUUUCAACACUGAUGAAGCUAAAUGUGACCAGAAUACGGACACCUUAAUUAAAUGCAUCAAGGCAUCAGGUGGCACUACCAUUGAAGGUUUAACUGCCAUCAAAAGGGAUGCCUUCAGACAACCUCAGCUUCUGCUCCAGCUCACUGAGGUGCUAGUGAAAUGGCGACAAUUUUUCAAAUUCCUGGCAGCACAGCAGGGGAACGACCGCAUAGAGGUGUUAGAGCAGAGGCUGGAGCUGAAACAGCUGCAGGAAUUCCUGACCAAGCUGAGGGCAAAUGGGGACUUCUUUGGCUGGUUUAGUGGAUGGAAAGAAGAAUCUCCAGGGUAAAAGGACAUGCUUGACUGGAACAGCUUAAUAGAUGACAGAACAAAUACAUCAGACCUGCUUCUCGUCCCAAACGCUGAGGUCACAGACCAUGGAGUUCGCCUGUUGGUGAACGCAGAGAGCUCCUUCAUCCAACCAGCUCUCAGCAGACUGACAUUAGAGGUGCAGAGAAAGUAUAACAGAGAAAAGCACAUCAUUUUCAACACCUACCAGUGUUACCUCAAGGAGGCCUUUAACAAUGUUUUUGUGGAGGUGGAAAUAUCUUGCCGUGAAGGUUGGCAUUUCACUGCCAGGCUGGUGCAUGGAGCCCACAUGGACCAGGAGAGAGACAAGGCCGAAUAGCUUGGUUAUGAACACCCUAUUAACCCUGAUUAUGAGUCUACCAACACAAUGUUCCAAAGGUGUCUGGACUAUGUGCUGGAUGAGAUUGCACUCAGCAGAAAAACCAACAUAAUGGUGGCUUCACAUAACGAGGACACGGUGAAAUACACCUUGAAGAGAAUGAAUGAGCUGGGUCUCUCACCCACAGAGAACAAGGUGUACUUUGCUCAACUGCUGGGCAUGUGUGAUCAGAUCAGCUUCCCAUUGGGCCAGGCAGGCUUCCCUGUCUAUAAGUACAUCCCCUAUGGGCCAGUGAAUGAGGUGAUGCCCUACCUGUCUCGUAGAGCCCAGGAGAACGGAGGCUUCAUGAAGGGUGCCCAAAAGGAGAGGAGGCUGCUGUGGCAGGAGCCGAAACGCAGACUCGCCUCUGGGGAGCUUCUCUACAGGCCGGUGUACUGAAAACAGA